AUUCCAAAUCACUAUCAGUUUUAAGGUUUUUUUUUCUAAAUUUGUCUAUUAUAUAAAAUUGCAUAUGUUUUGUGUAUUUUAGUAAUUCAUAUAAAUAAAAUUGUUACAAAACAGUUUUCGCAUGCAUAGGUUUUAUCCAGAAAUUUCAUGGAUUCCUGGUUUUAUUUCGGAAGAGAGAGGGGACGUGCCCCCCUAUGCCACCCCCCUUAAAUAAGCCCUUGGGCAGAUGUAGAAUUCCUGUUCAUUGACUAGCAUUGGCCUAUGAUAAGACUCGUAAUUUGUUAAUUGUUUGCCAGUCGUUGGAUAAGAUCCCUGAAAGGCAUGCCAGUUCCUGUGGUCCAAUCAGCACAACAUACGCGUGUUUGGAGGAGUGUCUCCACAAUGCAAAAAUAUUUUGUUUCAACUUACUUAAGGUACCGUAAGUACUAGAUCAGAAUAAAAAGUGCUAAAUAAUUAUUUUAUUUAUUUUUGACACUAUUCAGACGUUUUGGCAAUAUUGAUACCCCUUAAGCAAACGAACAAAAAUGUAAAGCCACUGAAUCAACGUCAAAUAUUAAAGGGAAAGGGGAUAAAACCAUACUUACGUGUUGUAAACAUCUUUGAUGUUACGGCCUCCGUCCAUCUGCAGUCUCGAAGAAAACAAAUAUCAGAAAAGUAAUUAUUACACUUGACAUGUCUACUGAAUGUCGGUAAAGUGUAAAUUCAUGAGUUCUCAGUUACAAAUACGCUUAUACAAUACGAAACUCAAGACGUAAAAAUUUAACGUAGAAUUUGACAUCGUGCCUCCUUGCCUCUUGAUUGAAGUCCGGUUUCGAGCCCAGCAGCAGUGUUCGUGACGUCACUUCCGCCCCGUGCGCGCGGGAGGGGCGUCUCAGCGUCCGGGUCUCCAGUUCCGCCGAGGCCAGACGCGGUCGCAGGACGCUGCACUGCAGAGCUCUCUUUGUUAUUUGUCUUACUGUUUGUUGCCUUUUGUGUAAUGUGUGUUUUGUAGCGGCACUUCUUAGUGCCCUGUGCUGCGAUAAAUUGCCACUGAACUCUGUUCCGAGAAACACCUGGUGCGCAGCACGUCGCCAAUGGUGACCUCACACCUCGACUCUAAGUCAAGAUAACCAGAACUUGUGAACUCCAUUCGACAUGACAGAAAGCACGGAGCUGUCGAUAGAAAACGGCGCCCAGCAGGAUCAAAUUCUGCGCUACUAUAAGGAGCAAUGCCACGGCGCAGAAAGCAAUGUGGCGGUGAGGAACGCCAGCGGGCUGUUCUGCCCGGCGCUGUGGGACAACGUGACCUGCUGGCCCGCCACGCGCGCCGGGGAGGCGGCCCUGCAGCCCUGCCCGCACUACGUGGUGGGGCUCGACCCGCAGGCCAACGCCAGCAAGCAGUGCACGGAGGACGGCCGGUGGUACGUCCACCCGGAGCUGCAGACGCACUGGGCCAACUUCAGCAGCUGCGUGCACGGGCCCACGGCCACCGUCGUCGUCGGCUUCCACGGCACGCCCAACGUGUCCUACAUCGAGGGUUACUUUCCGUACAUGAAGGUGAUAUCCAAGCUGGGCUUCUCCUUGUCGCUAGUCACUCUUCUCAUCGCGCUCUUCGUUCUUGCCACCAACAAGCGUCUGCGCUGUCCACGCAACGUUGUCCACAUGCACUUAUUCGUCUCUUUCAUCCUCCGAGCUUUUGUGGUGCUCCUGAAGGAUUCCAUCUACCUGAAUGGUGUCGGCCUGGCGUCAAACUAUGUGAAGGACAAAGUUUUCAUAAAUAACUCAAUGUGCAAGUUCGGGACUACUGUGUGGCACUACUGCAUUAUGGCCAACUACUCGUGGAUACUCAUGGAAGGACUGUACCUGCAUAACCUCAUAUUUCUGGCCCUUUUCACUGACAGCAGCUCCAUCACUCUGUACAUCAUUCUGGGCUGGGGCCUGCCGAUUCUCUUCCUGCUGCCGUGGGUGGGUGUGCGGAUCUGGCUGGACGACCACUUGUGCUGGAUCACCAACGACACCGCGCCGUACAUCUCGCUCAUGAUCGAGGUGCCCAUCACGCUGUCCGUCAUGAUCAACACUGCUUUCUUCGUGAACAUAGUGCGAGUGCUGCUUCACAAGAUCAAGGCCACCUUCAUGGAGAAGCCUCAAACAUUCAGGAAGUGGGCCAAGUCGACACUGGUGCUGGUGCCACUGUUCGGGGUCCAUUACAUCGUCUUCCUGGGCAUGACGUGGGUCCCGACCACUCACGUCAACCCAGUGGCCGAGGCGGUGUGGCUGUUCAGCGACCAGACCUUCUCUGCCUUCCAGGGAUUUGUCGUUGCCAUCCUGUACUUUUUCCUCAACGGCGAGGUGAAGUACGAAGUGAACAAGAAGUGGCAGAGCAUCCGGAGGAGAAAAUCGCGUUGCAGGAAUCUCAGCGUCCACGGAACGUACUGUACUACCGCCUCGAGUGCUUCCCUCAACAGCCUCAAGUGGGGAAACAGUCGUGUGAGUCAGCCAGCACAGACUACGAAUGACAAGAAAGUUUCUCCAUUCUAUCCUCAACUCACAGAGACCACUAGGUUAAACAGCUUCGGCAAUCUGAAUGCAGUUAACUGCGAGGAAAAUGACUGGAGGCAACCUAGUGGAAACACUAAUAACAUUGAGCUAGGAUGUCUCAUUCCGUGAAACAUCUCAAAACUUUUGAGUGCCAAGUCUACAAGCAAGUUAAGAAAGUGUGGUGCAACACGUGCUAAUCAUGCAGUGUUUCGUGACAUCAGCACACAAUAUAUUGGUGCACUUACUUCCUCGUGUGCUUUGAAGGCCAUAUACAAAAAAUUUCUUCAGUGACAAAAAAGAAAAUUAAAGUGACCUCUACACAAGGAUUGUGAUGAUAUGCUCAUGCAAAUACUCACCCGAGUGCUAGUACGUCCUGUCAAGAUGACAGUGAAGGUGGAUGAAGGACAAAAUAAGGAAAGGAAUAACUUAAGUAAAUUUGUGAUACUUCUUGCCAAUCUAGUGAAGAAAUAAACAAAAAUUGAUCUCUUGCCCAUGAAUUUUCAUGAAGCAUUUUUUUUUUAAUGUCGGAUAAAACUGGAUGUGCUACAUCCGCUGCAUUUAUUAUUAGCAUGUAAAUAAUUAGUGUAUGUUUUUUUUAUAGCAUUGUAGCAUUACAUGAAAACUGGCUUCAUUGUGAAAUUACAGCAAUGAGAUUUAAUUAGAAUAGAAAACUGACUUCUUGCAACACCUCCACAGUUAUAUUGUUAGUUUUAAAUUACGUGACCCUCUGUCUUAAGAACUCCACACAGAUAAGUUUUGUUUAGUUAAUUACUUUUGAAAGCUGGCCUAAAGUUGCAACAUAGGUAAUAUAUAUAUGGAGUAAUUUUGUGUGCCUGCAAAACUUAAGUCAUUUUACGUUAAUUCCAUAAGCCAGGUAAUCAUAGGCAUAACUGGCAUGUACAACACUCAUAUAUAAUGUUUUUUUAUACAUGUCUCAGUACCAUUCCAAUUGUCUAGACUGUUUAGUAUUCAGAUGGUAAAACAGAACGGGGAGUGAUUUACAAAUUUUUGUCAGCAGCGUAUUUUAAUUCACGUUGACUGCACUAAAACAUUGUGUGUUGCUUAAAAUCUUGUGCAAGAACAUGCUUCUAAGUACCUACAUGAAAUGCAAUGCAACCAAAUUUCAAUUUCUAGAUAUUUAUGUUAGAAAACAUUGCUGAAACACCUUCAAUAUCUUUAUUACCAACUUAUAUAAUUCAAUAUUAUAUUAUAAUUCAGUUCAGUCAAUGCAUAAAACUGCCAUUGUAAAGUGUUUUACAUAUUUAAAUGUUGAAUGUGUAGUUUUAAGGCCAGUACACAUAAUAUGAAGAUACAAAUUUUUUAUUUCUGUCUCAGUAACCCCUGAAGCUCUCUCUGUGUCCCCCCCUUGCUUCAAAAUAUGUGAUGUUAUUGUUGUGCCUGAAAAUAAAAACUUUUUAAAUCAAAA